UUCUUUCCAUCCCCACCAAUAUGAGAGGGAGAGAGAGAGAGAGAGAGAGAGAGAGGUUGCAGAGACACUAUAAGUUUAAAAUCAUGAUCUGAUAGUACUCUCAACUGUCUACAUAUAGUAUGGAUGACUCUGUUAAGCUCAGGAGGGAUAGCGCCACCAAUGAUUAGUGAUAAUUAUUAUUUGUUUGUGAGUUAAUCUCACCAAAAAAAAAAAAAUUCUAAUCAUUAAUCUGUGGCGCUAUCCAUCGUGAGUUUCACAGGUUCUUCCUACUUUCUUUAUUUUCCUGGUGCAGUUUCAGCUUCAAAGAUCUAGUUCACUUCUGGUUGUGUUCCUAUUUCGUUUCCACACACACGCACACACACACACACACACAUAUAUAUAUAUAUGUCUUAAAGUUCUUUUUGAUCAGAAAACCUAACCUGGAAAUAUAUUGUUUGUUUUCAGGUUCACAUAUAUAGAUUCUUGAAUCUUGAAGCUUGAAUUUUGAAUUAUGCCUUCUAUGCCUUUGGGUUUCAGGUUACAUCCAGAGCAUGCCUUGGAUAGGCAAAACCUGGUUGAUUCGUAUUCUUCUCAAGCCUCUCAAGCAACCCAGAAUUGUUUCUGACAUCAUUGGUGGAAUGUUCAUUGGACCUUCCGUUCUUGGAUGCAACAAGAAGUUUACUGCUAGCGUAUUACCAGAUAAUGCUCAAUUUUUGCUGAGAAAUGUUGGAGUAAUGGGUUUUAUGUUUUUCCUUUUCUUGGCUGGAGUGAAAAUGGAUCUGGGUUUAAUUAAAAAAUCAGGAAAGAAACAUUUAUGGACUGCCUUAGUUGGGGUCUUCUUUCCUUUUUUAUCAGUGGGUGUAGUUGGAGCCAUUU